UUGCCCCCGUCGUUUCGCCAGGAGGCCUCCACGGCAGACGCAACCUCACCGAUCUGCCAGUUUGUCAUCCAACCGGAGGUGAAGGAAGUAAGCAGCGGUGGCGGUACCAGGGGAGGACCAGGUGCAGCCGAGGGUGAAUUUCGCGGCGAGUUCGUGUCCCCAGCCUAUCCCGGUCUGCACCCCGCUGGACUGGUCUGCGUGUACCAAUUCAUUGGCCGACCAAACCAGCGCGUACGCGUGGAGAUUCACGAUCUGAGCCUGCAGUCUCACUUUGACUCGUAA